UGUUGUACUAUCAACUACUCGCAGAAUGCAGGCUUCAGGAGUGUGUGUGGUGGUGUUGGCUGUGGUGGUGGCAGUGGUGGCUGACCCAAGCUACCCUCAACCAGCUCCCUGCUAUCCAAAGACCCAGUAUGUCACUCAAUACCAGACACAGGUCCAGCAGGUGCCAGUGUAUAAAACAGUCUACAAAACACAAGUCGUCCCCACCACCUUUUAUCAGACCCAGUACCAAACCCAGUACCAGACCAAGUACCAAACCCAGUACGUUCCCAAGUAUGUCACCCAAACAGUCUACAAGACGCAAGUUCAGUACGUGACUCAGUACCAGACCGUAUACAAGACCCAGUACCAAACUCAGUAUGUGACCAAGACCCAAUAUGUGCCACAGUACAUAACACAGACACAAUACCAGACUCAAUACGUUACCCAGACUCACUACCAGACUGUGUACAAGACUGAAUACAAACCCCAGUAUGUAACAAAGACUCAGGUAGAAUACCACACCCAGUACCAAACCCAAGUGGUCCCCGAGUACCACACGGUCACCAAGACCCAGCACACGUACAAGACCGUGUGCCCAAAGCCUUCCUACGGUUACUGAAGACCCAGCACAUCUACAAGACCGUGUGCCCCAAGCCUUCCUACGGUUGCUGAAGACCCAGCACACCUACAAGACCAUCGUUCCAUCGUUUCAAGCCUUUCUAUGACUCCUGAAGACCUGGGCAGCCAUCUGAUCUCCAGUAUUCUCGUAACUUCCAAAUGAUCCAUUGUUGCCUAAACUUGGCAUUAUCAUCAUGGGCAGAGGAAACCCAAUUCUUUGUAACGAACAUUAGAUUCCACGUCAAUUUACUAAAAUAUUUAUC